UGCGUAAAAGUACCAAAUGUGGAGGAUUAUAUUUGUAUGCAAAUAAUAAGUGAUUGUAAUUUAUAAAAGUUUGUAGAUCACUUGAUUUUACGGCUAAAGCUAGGCUAUAUAUUGAUAAAACGAGCGAAAUUGAAACCAAGGAUGUUUUCUAAUACGAUUAGAAUCUUCUGGAAUUCUAAGUAUUAGAGCCUCAACAUGACACGGGUAAGUCCAACCCAGGACGGGUACCAACUUCAACUAGCAGAUAUAGAAAGCUCGGACUGGCACGAUCAGACGACUGAUAAUAAUGGACAGUCGGCAUACGGCCAACAAAACACUACGUUUUCUGAAACUGGUGGAAAUUCAGAAUCAACCUUACGUCGACGACGGCGGCGUUCCUUCGAACCUGGCUCGGAUAACUAUGCGGCAUACGUGGAGAAGAGGGUUUUCAAUAAGAGACAUGCAUGGACUCCAUUUCUGUGGGAAAGGAAAAGAGAUAAGCGUUUGAAUGGAAACUUGAAUCCGACAAGAGGCUGGAAGGGCUGGAAAUACCGACAGAAAAUGAGAUUGAACAGUAUAAAAGUUGUCAUGGGGGAGAAUGGAGGGCAUCAAUGGAAAGCUUUUGAGACAUUCUAA